AUGGAUCCGCCACGAGUGUCCAAGCGCGGACAUAAGCUUCACCUGAGCUACGAACUCCCCCAUCGCAUCCACGCCGCGCGCAUCUACCCGCUCCUCGCUCCCAACGGCUCCACUCUGAUCAUCUACGCCCAUGACCAUGGAUUGCGCCUGCUCUGGCGCGGUGGACGCCGGCGGAGAGGGCCGUCGAUGCCACCAAAAUCGAAUGGAGUCAAGCACGACGAGAUGAUACUCAUCGACGACACCGACGAUGCGCAAGAUGGAGAUGAGUGGGAGGCGGAGGAGGAGGAGCUAGAUCCCGACUGUCCCUGUCCUCAUAUCAUUCACACGUUGGAUAUUGUCCUCGGGCGCGAUGCCUCUCGUCCUGAUGGCUGCGCGGUGCUGCAUCUCGAGCUUCCCGUUCUACAUUCCUCGCCGUCCACACCCACCCUUUUGAAGAAGAUGGCCAUUGUAGCUGUGGCACUGGCCGAUGGCAGUUGCCAAAUCCUUCAGCUUCCUCUGACACCACCAUCCGCCGCCAAUGAAGCCAGUGUUGCCGAUAAUAUCUAUCGUUCGGCCGUGGAGCUGACAGCCCGUGGCACUCCGAUUCCCGCCAGUCUGGCCAUCAAAUUCCUUCCUGCAGACGAAACUCGCCCGCGUUCCCACUCCGGACCACUCCAAAGUUUGGACGACCAGUUGCUGAUUGCGACUGCCUCUCGAACACUGAGCAUCUGGGCUGUAUCCGUCAAGACGAAUAAGCUGGUGUGCAGUGAGAAUACACUCGUGCGGAAGACCCCACUGUCAUCUUCCGCUGUUGGCAUCUCUUUUCAUCCUUCCUCCCGACUGGGCCAGCUUCUUCUUACAGACACGUCAGGCGCGGCUCGCAUUUUCGACCUACACAAACCUCGCAGUUCAACACAGGCCGGAGAUUGGAUCAUGGCCUACCAUACCUCACAUCACAUCCCAAAAGACACACCCGACCUUGACCCAACAUUGACUCGACGGAAGAAGAUCUUGGGUGCCGAGUGGGUCCUCGCCGGCAAAGGCAUCCUCGUGUUGCAGGAGGACGGGGAGUGGGGUAUCUGGGAUGUGAACUCGUCUCAGACUGGAAAACAAGUCGAAGACUUUGCUCUUCGCGGCUUUCUCGGCACGUCAAGCUCGACAGAGCAGACGGAGCCAAGCAAAAGCAAACGGGGUGUCUCCAAAUUGGCGCCAAUGACUCCGAACACCCGUAAAACAAAAGCCGAGCAGCUCUUUACCGGCGCAGUGAGAGCACCUGGUGUAGCUCCCAGUGGGGGAAUUACAGUGCAGCUCAACAACCCACGCAUCGGCCAGGCCGACGAGAGUGUCGCCAUUUGGUAUGGUGGCGAGGUCUACUCCAUCACUAGCACACAAGCAUUCUGGCAGCGAAGCACAAGCUCCGGUGGUGGGUUUGGAUCCCUACACGCGCCUGGUCUUUCUCACAUCACCGACAUCAGUUUAUCCAACGAGACUAUCUCAUCCAUUUCUCAAUUCUCGGUCAAGGGAAGCGCUGGUCUUGGACAGAUGAACACACAGCGAGAUCUACUCGUCUCAGCGGAACACCGCGCAGUGGUGCUGCAGACGCAGCGGCCAGACAAACCCGCAAGAAACUUAUUUCAGCGUCAAAUCGAUGAACGGCCGGCCGAAGCCAUGAGAGAUCAGCAUAUGCUCGACGCAGGCGGCUUGGAUGUCGAAGGUCUGGAUCGGAUGCUCGAGGACAUGGCAGCUGGCACGACCAACACUGUCACGAGAAAGGUCGGCUUCGCUUCUUGA